CAAUGGUUUCCUCCCCCUCAACCCCGGCUGUUAGUGCUGUGUGAGUGCGCGUGUGCUCCUGAGCUCGCUCGGCACACAUUCUAUAAAAAAAUAAAAAUACAAAAAAAAAUUUAAAACAUAAAAAAAACAAAAAAUCAUUCUUUUCUUUUUUUUUUUUUCUUUUUGUAACAAGUCGGUGAAGCUGGAAUAGACAUUCGAGGACCGGACGGUAACGUAUAAAGAGGCUGACUAACGUUAAAACGAACGACGUGUUACUAGUUCAGAAGCGAGGCCAAGUAACGUUACAUUUUUCCUUUUUUAUCAUUGUGUGUCAGAUUUGAAUGACAGUUUUAACCCCGUUAGAAGUCGACAGUGUUUCCAUUUUAACAUAUUCACCUUGUACAUUUUACUCUUAAAAACACCGCAACUGACAAGCCAACGGUUGCUAACGUGUACCAGAAGAAUUCUGCCCCAAACUGACGUGACGCGAGACAAACCCAAGAAUUCGUAACGUUUUACUGUCGCUGAAAACUUUUUCCCGUUUUAAGAAAAGCAAGCUUCGUCCGAGUACUUUUAGCUAGCCUCCACAGCCGAAACGAAAAAAUGAACCCCAGCGCUCCCAGUUACCCCAUGGCCUCCCUGUACGUCGGGGAUCUGCAUCAAGAUGUAACCGAGGCCAUGCUGUACGAGAAAUUCAGCCCAGCCGGAGCUAUCCUGUCGAUCCGGGUCUGUAGGGACAUGAUCACCCGGCGUUCCCUUGGAUACGCCUAUGUCAACUUCCAACAGCCAGCGGACGCUGAGCGUGCACUGGACACCAUGAACUUUGAUGUAAUCAAGGGACGACCUGUGCGUAUCAUGUGGUCGCAGCGUGAUCCGUCACUGAGAAAAAGCGGCGUGGGAAACAUCUUCAUCAAGAAUCUUGAUAAGUCCAUCGACAACAAGGCCCUGUACGACACCUUCUCUGCUUUUGGAAACAUCCUGUCCUGCAAGGUGGUUUGUGACGAGAAUGGCUCUAAAGGCUACGGCUUUGUGCAUUUUGAGACUCAGGAAGCAGCCGAACGAGCCAUUGAGAAAAUGAAUGGCAUGCUGCUCAAUGACCGAAAAGUAUUUGUGGGCCGCUUCAAAUCUCGCAAAGAGCGGGAGGCUGAGCUGGGUGCCCGAGCCAAAGAGUUCACUAAUGUCUAUGUGAAAAAUUUUGGUGAAGACAUGGAUGAUGAGAAGUUGAGGGAACUCUUUAAUAAAUACGGAAACUCCAUGAGUAUCCGCGUCAUGACGGACGACAACGGAAAGUCUCGAGGAUUUGGGUUCGUCAGCUUUGAGAGGCACGAGGAUGCCCAGAAGGCUGUGGAUGAGAUGAAUGGAAAAGAGCUGAACGGCAAGCUGAUCUAUGUUGGCCGAGCCCAGAAGAAAGUGGAGCGUCAGACGGAGCUCAAGCGUAAAUUUGAGCAAAUGAAACAAGACCGCAUGACUCGAUACCAGGGUGUCAACUUGUACGUGAAGAACCUUGAUGAUGGAAUUGACGAUGAGCGUCUGCGAAAGGAGUUCUCACCUUUCGGCACCAUCACCAGUGCCAAGGUCAUGAUGGAAGGAGGGCGCAGCAAAGGCUUUGGCUUUGUCUGCUUCUCGUCCCCAGAGGAGGCCACCAAAGCAGUGACAGAAAUGAAUGGACGCAUUGUAGCCACCAAGCCGCUGUACGUGGCCUUGGCCCAGCGCAAAGAGGAGCGUCAAGCCCACCUGACCAACCAGUACAUGCAGCGCAUGGCCAGUGUGCGUCCAGUGCCAAACCCAGUCAUCAAUCCCUAUCAGCCAGCCCCGCCUUCUGGUUACUUCAUGACAGCCAUACCUCAGGCUCAGAACCGUGCCGCUUACUACCCAGCUGCUGGGCAAAUGGCCCAGCUCCGCCCAAGCCCACGCUGGGCCACCCAAGGUGUCCGGCCACAACACUUUCAGAACAUGCCGGGUGCCAUGCGUCCCUCAGCACCGCGCCCUCAGACCUUUGGCGCCAUGCGGCCUGCCUCCCAGGUGCCCCGAAUGAUGUCCGCGCAGCGUGUCGCUCAGACCAUGGGCCCCCGACCGCCCACUGCAGCUGCUGCAGGGGCCGCUCCUGUGCGUGGAGUCCCUCAGUACAAGUAUGCCGCAGGAGUCCGCAACACCCAGCAGCACAUGAGCGCUCCACCACAAGUCGCCAUGCAGCAGCCUGCUGUUCACGUUCAGGGACAGGAGCCUCUGACGGCCUCUAUGCUGGCUGCUGCUCCACCACAGGAACAGAAGCAGAUGCUGGGUGAGCGUCUGUUUCCACUGAUCCAGAACAUGCACCCGAGCCUGGCAGGAAAGAUCACGGGCAUGCUGUUGGAGAUUGACAACUCGGAGCUGCUCCACAUGCUCGAGUCCCCCGAGUCUCUCCGCUCAAAGGUGGAUGAGGCAGUGGCUGUGCUCCAGGCCCACCAGGCCAAGGAGGCCGCCCAGAAGACUGUGACAAAUUCAGCUGGUGUCCCAAGUGUCUAAAUCCAAGGAGUGGGCAACCUUGAGAGACUAGCUUCACCGACGGAGGAAAAAAAAAAAAAAAUUAAACAACGAAAAAGUUGAAAAUACAUAAAACAAAGUAAAAAGAAGUCAAAUAAUAUAUUUAAAAAAACCAAUGGAAACAAGUCUCCAGUCAGGCCUGCAAUGAACAGAAACACCGGGCCUGGUUUGUGGAGUUAAAAACAGAAAAUGCAACAAAAAAAAAGUAAAAAUCUAAAAUAGAAAAUGUUCAUUCUACGAGGGGUUUUAGAGGAGAAUUCUGUGACGAAAUAAGAUUGAAAGCAUUCCUUUCUGCCAUUUUAUCCCUUUUAAAUGUUUGAAUGUUUGGGCUGUAGAGGCCUGUUCUUGUGAAAUUUCCCUUUGCUUGCUUGAAUAAAACUUAUAAAAUAA